UUUGGGGCCGUCGCUUUGUGUGUGUCAGCGCAGCCACACAAACGACAGGAGAAAACGCAAGUCGACGACGCGCUUGUUUUGCUUGCGUGCAAUGAGCUUGUCCACCCAACAAACCACAGACACGAAGACAAAGGAAGAGAGAAGCACGCCAAAGGUUUAGCGUGCCUGGCUGGUGACAUCGUCGUGUGAGGUUGUUGUUCCGCAAGCUGCUGACAGUGGUCUGCUCAUUGCUUCGAGCACGCACACACGCACACGCGCACAAACAAAAACAAGCAGAUCUCCCAACAACACGCACCGUCGCGCUCAGCACGCACGCACGCACGCACACCCCGUUAUCUCCCUUCCCUUCCCCCCCCCCGACAGAUUUGGCAACAUGGCAAGCAACACGCCACUGGUCAAUGUCACCUCCGUGUACACGCAACGCCAGGGUGCGCUGCGCUCCGCCACCGCAACCGUGGAGCUGCCGCUGAACACCGAGCUCAGCCGGGCCAACGAUGUCUGGCUGGCCUUCUUUCAAGACGACACUCCCAUCUUGCAGGGGCACCAUGACCACACGGUGUCAUCACAGACACGGCGCCGGGGGCGCAGGGCGCGCGCCAACACCAAUUCAGCCAGUAUCGCCGUCAAGCUGACUUGUGCGGGCGACGUCACCAUCUCCAAAGAUCCAUUGGACUUGAAGCUGAUCAUCGAUGGCAAGGACACGCCAUUUCGCCUCAACGACCCCAACAGCGCCGCAGUCAGCUCCGCCAAGCUCUGCCUUUGCCAUCACCACACACACAAGCGCUUCAUUGACUAUAUGCAGCGCCUUCAGCUGAGGCUGGAGAGGGCGACAGCCGCCGGCGAAGAGGUGGGGGCCUUCUGUGCCAAUGAGAGUUUCACCAUCGAGUGUGCUCGCCGCGCUAUCACUGGUCUCCUCAUAUUUCCGACAGAGAAGGCCAUUGUGUUUCUGCGACAUGCACGCGAGCUUCUUGGUAUUGUUGACCCCGACUUACUGGCGCAGCAUGCAGGCAGCAUCAGUCACGGCGAUGCUGGUGGUGAUGAUGACGAUGACGCUGACGCUGAUGGCGACGAUGAUGGUGAAGGUGAUGAUGAUGGUGAUGGUGACGAUGAGGAUGAUGACGAUGGUGACACUGACGCUCACUGCGAUGGUGACGCUGACAGUGGUGGCGAGUGCCAUCACCACAACAGCGAGGCCACGGAUACAGAACAGCUUGAAGCCAGUCUUCUCGAAGACCUUGCUGACGAUGACACUGACACAUCAGCUGUUGACCCAACGACGGUGACGACAGCGCCGACGACGCCCACAGCCAACCACAACGGCUUUUCUGGGCUGCUUCACUAUCCACUGUUCAUGAGGGACACCGUGACGGACUAUCUCGAGGGACACACUUCCGACUCUCCAAUUUCCCCACCACCCGCCUCGCAUCAGGCAAAGCAGCAGGCUCAAGUGCCCACGCACACCCACCUGCUUCUAACCACAACCCACCCAUCUCUCGUGUGCGCGGAUAGCGCUUCCACCACAGUACCACCGUUUCCUGAGCAUUCAUCGCCACAGCUGCCCACAAGUGCGCAGCUCCUCAGCCUCAACCUACUUCGUGCAGACAUCAAGAUGUGCACGGACCGCCUAAAACGCAAUGGCGUUGCUGUCACAGAAGUUGACACCACGACUCUGGCCGAGUGUGAUUAUGCGGCCAAAUAUUGCGCACUCCAAGAACACCUGCGCGUUCUCCGGGCCCUGGACCCCGACUCAGAUGCAGCCCUGUUCGAGGAGAACCCCUUCAAGCGCCCCCACCUCGACUGAUGUGUGUGUGUGUGUGAGUGAGUGAGUGAGUGUGUGUGUGUGUGUGAGUGAGUGAGUGAGUGUGUGUGUGUGUGUGUGU